GAAUUCGAUACAAAAUCAUACCAACAGUACAUUUAAAUGGGUAUCCUUUCCUUUGCUGUGUGUUUGACAAUCCCCAACAAUUUCCUUCCCCAAAAACCGCCAGGACAUUGGCACACGAUUCUGCGCAUGUCCUGCAACAUUCCCACAACAUCAGCACAAAGGCUGUUUUGUUCGUGAAACUAACUCCAACAGAAAAAGAACUCUAUUCUACGUUUUCACCACCAAAUUGUAACAAGUAAAUGAUUACUCACUUAGUGCAAAAAGUGCUUUAGUGCUUAAACAUUAAGAUGAGCUCUGGGCUUACGGUGACGAUCCAUCGAAACGUUGCUUGAUGUACCGUGGAUACCGUCGGUAAAGUUUUGACCCAAGAGUGAGUGUGUUUUUAAUUGCUGUACCAAAAAAAAAUCCUACCAUGAAUCCCACAACGAUUCCAAAUCACGACUUCAUGGAGCUGCAUCCGGUGCAUCAACAUCCGGCCGGCUGUAAGCAGCACUGUUUCGUCUUUACCGAGAUAGCGGACAUUGAGCUACCGCCGGAGAUUACCAAAUAUCCGGAAAAGAUAAAAAAUGGUAGCAUCCAUUCGUACACGAAGGAAAGCAUCUCGCCACCACCGCCGAAGCUGGCCAAGGAUCGAAGGAGUCGCAAAAUAAUUGCCCUCGUGUCGGGAUUGCUCGUUUGCGUAGCGUUAGCCGCGGGGAUUCCGCUUGGACUGCAGCUUCGGUCUUCCUCACUGCUGGAAGCGCGUUUGGCGUUUAUCAGACGGCUGCUGGUGGAGUCACCGCUCGUCGAAGGUUACUGGGCGCCACCGAUGGGUGCAAACUUUAGCAAAAGCUUCGCGGAAGUAAAGAGUGGCAUGGUGGGCGCUCUGCUGUGGCCGAUUGCCGUACCGUGUGCGGCUCAAUAUCUGGACGCGGUACAGCUGACGCUGGAAGGACUGGACGAUGCGAGAAGGCUCGUGGGUAAGAACCGUGAUAUGGCGGUAGUCGAAAAUGCGGACGAAAUGGAACAGGCGCACACCGAGGGUAAGUUGGCGAUUUUGUUCGGGCUUGAGGGUGGUCACACGCUCGGCUCCAGUUUGGCCGUACUGCGAUCGAUGUAUUCGCUUGGGGCGCGUUUCGUGUCGCUGACUGGCGUGGGUUGCACAACGCCGUGGGCCAGUGCCUCGAUACGGAACGAUUUCUUCGACGAAAACUUACCAUCGACGUUAACGAACUUUGGAGAGAUUAUAAUUCAGGAAAUGAACCGUUUGGGAAUGUUGGUAGAAAUCUCGCGACUGUCCGAACCGGCCAUGAUGGUUGCGCUGAAUGUCGCCAAAGCACCCUUGCUACUGUCCAACGCACUGCCCUCAUCGAUGGCUUGCAACGGAACGACAGCUGCCGUGCCGGAUCACAUCCUGAGCGCCCUGUCCCAGAAUGGUGGUGUGCUAAUGCUAAACGUGGAACGAUGUGGCGAUAAACCGAUGUCACUAAAGGAUGCCAUUACGGCGAUCAACUACAUCCGAGCGAUCGCCGGUGUCGAUCAUGUAGGACUGAGCGGAUCGCCCAAAAACUAUCCCCUACUGUUGGCCGAACUGGCACGCGAUCGGUUGUGGGGUUCGGUUGCCAUCAAGAAGCUGGUCGGCGGCAACAUUGUGCGUGUGCUGCGUGAAGUCGAAACGAACAAGAAUCGUUUACCACUGUCCGAGGAUUGGAUUCCGCUGGAAUCGAUCGAAGGGAAUGCUUACUGUCGGUACCCGGAGACGUAAGAUGGCCAACAUCACGGUUACUGUUCCGGUUGCUGGUGACAAACACAAGGUAUUAUCUUCCACAUUUGCACAUGCACCGCGUGUUGCGAAAGGGUGCGAGAGUAAAACACACACACACAAAUUAAAUAAUGAUAUUUAUACAUACUAGCAAAUAGCAAAGAAAACCAGGUUGCGAAAAGGAUGCGAUCCUCGGUCCCAUUAUCGGGGUUAUAGUCAAUAUGUUAUAGAAGCGAAACAGAACAGACAAAUAUUAUCGCAUAUCAAUUCUUCAACGUGAAUCAUUGAUUUAUCCCUACAUUCAUUGUCUUUCUCGUUCCUAUUUAUUGUUUCAAAUAUUGGAGUUAGAAACAAGUGUAGUUGGAAACUGUAAGGAUAAUUAAAACCUCAACAAGCUGUUGCAAUCAGUGUUGUAGAUGAAGUUGGGGAUACGUAAAUUCGUUGGAACCGGACGCCUUUUCGCAAAAAAGACCUUCAGACGGUCUAGGAAUGGAAAAGACAAAAACCAUCGGCAAUCAGCAGCAGCAGUAGAACAGGGAGCAGUAUCUAUUAGACAAGCCCCAUUUCAUUAGCUACGAUGUAUAUGUUAAGCGUUAUUAGUCCAUCUUGUCUCCCAUUACAUUUCUAUUUAAGUACGAUCGACUUGAGAGUUGAUCUUAUCCAGGAAGAACCGGCGAAGUUACUGUCCUCCUACAGAGAGAAUACAAAAUAAUAAAUGUUUUACCAAAAACAAUUUACGUUUCGUUUAAUCGUUGAUGUG